AAUUGGACAAGUAACUGAAGGAGGACGAAAGACCCGUGGAGGACUCAGCACCCAGCCAAGUGAACAUGAGCAUGUUUGAAACCCUCAUCCCUGCGGUGCAGGACAUGAUCAAGCAGGUGCUGCCUGCAUUGAAGGGGCUGACCACGGCGGAAGUCGGAUCUAUCUGGGACUCUAUAUCAGACUAUGUGCUACAACAGCUAUCCCUACACAAGGGGGUUCAGAUUCCAGGCUUUGGAACGUUCACGUUCACGAGACAAAACACGGACAUGGGAAACAACAAGUUUCUUCUAAUACAGAGGCCUGUGUUUAUCAUGGCAGAGAAAUUAGUACAGCUCCAUGGACUAAAGCAGAAUAAAAUACACACGCCUGGUGAUAUCCCAGUUGUUCCACUGAAUUUUGCCAUGGUAUCUCUGGACACUCCAUUUAGCAGGGAUCUAUUGGAAAGUUGUGUGAAGGAGACACUGCGUAUUUGGUCACAAUCCAUCUAUACCAAAAAAAGUGUGGACUUUCUUUUCAAAGGCAUCGGGAUCCUUACGAUUAAAAGUGGCAAAGUGAAGAUGAAAUUUCUUAAGGACUUCAUUUCUACACUGGAUGAGACUGGGGCUCUGGACAAAGCCCUCACAAAUAAUAGUUGUCUUGGGAAGCUGUUGGCUCAUUUCAAUGAUGCAGCUUUUGCUGGAGCCAUAUUUAAAACUUCUUUUUGGAGAUUGCCAUCAAAGCCUUUUAGGCCUGACACAGGGGACUCCAUGUUGUCCAGCAGCGAGACCUCGAGGAAGCCUCCCAGUAGUGCGUUUGUAUUUCCAAGGAUUCUGGUCAAAGACCUGAAGCAAAAACCACCUGUGGAGACCAUUGUAGAGGAAGCUGAAAACGGGAACAAUGAAGGGGAGCACAAAUGCAAAGAGGAUUCCGACAAAAAAGGGGUCAGAGAGAUCGUAUCCCCCAAGAACCUUCGAGAAAAACAUGCUCUCACUCCUCUCAAAAUAGCACAUAUCAACAUUCCAAACCUUUCAAAGCAGAAUGUGACUGGUGGUACUCCCGUGAAAUAUGACAGAUUUCCACCUUCACAUAAUGUAAAAGAGAACAAUUGGACGAAUCCUAAAUUUUUUCCAGGCCCUCGUUGCCGGGAUCAUAAUAAGGUAGGACAGGAAAUGUGUUAUGUUUGCAUACAACGAGCACAGCGCCUUUUCCCACUGCGCAAGAGCAACGAGGCAAAGAAGAAGGAUGGAGAGGAUGUGCAUUUCAUUCAGCACUAUCCAAUGUGGAAGGAUGAAGAGGAUCUGCUGAAAGACCAGAUGAGCAGUCUGGCUAUUAGAGAACAGAGUCAAAAAACGGCUGCCUAUCAUCUCGGCGUUGCCGAAGCUAUGAGGAGCCACAAGACUAAGAAACCUGAAUUUAAUAAUGCUUUCCUGGUAGACAAUCGGCCACUCACUGCUGAGAUGAAAGCUGUGAAAAAACAAGUGUAUUCCCAAAGCCUCCAGGAACACCUGGGUAACAGACGGAAAAAGGAGAUAAAAGAAACACAAGAGACACAGCUGGUAGACCGCCUAGAACCAGUGCGGCUCGCGGAAGUACUCGCUGAACAAAAAGCCAAACAGAUGAAAGACAAGAUGGAAAAGGCUCAGAGUUAUAAAAGAGCUUUGGAUGCACAGAUUAAGAAGCAAUCCCCGCAAAAGCCUGUGCCUGAGCCCGAUUCUCGUGAGUGUGUCUUUGGUAAGGACGAGAGAGCCAUGACAGUGGAAAUGCGUAGGCGAGAACGAGGUUGUAUGAAACACCAGAUACCGGCUGCUGCAAACAACAAAAGAAGAAUCAUUGUGGACCACGUGGUGGACCAGAGGCAGGAUUUGCAGACACUGCUGAGUAUACAAAAAAUGGACCUGGCGGACAGGAAUGCUGAACGCGAGAAGAGAAAGGUGAUUAACCAGAAUCUCCAGGCCGAUUGGAAAAAGAGCAUGGCAGAGAAGAGACAGAGGGAGCAGGAAGAGAAAGCUUUCCAGCGGUAAUACCCGAUCGGAACCAGAAGUUCUUUGCAGAGAAAUCCCCUCCACUCCAUGUUUAGUUUCCUGGCAUCCUGGGAUGGCAGACAGGUUUCCAGGGCCAACGCCCACUGAGCAGUAGUGGCUGCCUAGCGAACCUGGUGGAGAAAAGAAUUCUGGGUUCAGGAGGAAAUGCUGCGGUGGUGUAUUAGAAAUGUCUGCUAUGGAUAUGUGAUUGGAGAAUGCUAUGCUGUGUGUUCUUUGCUCGC